UACAUGCAUAUUUUAGUUGUACACUCUAAUUAAUAUUAGUACUGAAAAUGUGUGAGAUUGAUUUCACUGUCAAAAAAAAAAAAAAACUUUCCUUUGUUUUUAGACGGUAUAAAAACACCACAGUUUUUCCUCUUAUAAACGCUGUGCUGCACAUAAAGACUUAAUUUUAGAUUUGGACAAAAUGGAAAUUAUUUCAUCGAAACUAUUCAUUUUAUUGACUUUAGCCACAUCAAGCUUGUUAACAUCAAACAUCUUUUGUGUGGAUGAAUUAAUGAUGUCCAAUCUUCACAGCAAAGAAAAUUAUGACAACUAUUCUGAGCCUAGAGGAUACCCGAAAGGGGAAAGAAGCCUCAAUUUUGAGGAAUUAAAAGAUUGGGGACCAAAACAUGUCAUUAAGAUGAGUACACCUGCAGUCAACAAAAUGCCACUCUCAGUCCCCAACUUGCCAUUGAGAUUUGGGAGGAACGUUGGAGAAGAAAAAGGCACUGGAGCAACAGCCAACCUGCCUCUGAGAUCUGGAAGAAAUAUGGAGGUGAGCCUCAUAAGACAUGUUCUUAACCUGCCCCAAAGGUUUGGGAGAACCGCAACAGCCAAAAGUUUCUGCAGGACACUGAGUGAUUUGUGUCAAGGAUCCAAGCAUUCACCAUGUGCCAAUGACUUACUUUACUCCAUGACCUGCCGGCACCAAGAAAUCCAGAAUCCCGAUCAAAAACAAUCAAGAAGACUGGUAUUCAAGAAGAUAGAUGAUGCAGAAUUGAAACAAGAAAAAUAAGAAAUCUGGAGCCUGUCCCUAAAGCUGUGACCUGUAAUCUACAAACGGCUCUAUAGCGAAGACCACAAGGAAGAGUAGCUUCAUACAUUUCAUGAGCUAUGGAUCAUCAAUGGCAAUUUUUCCUUGUCAGUACAGCUAUAAUGGUAUCUUGGAAGUUGUAAAAACAUUAAAGCAUAUUUGUUAUGUAAAGUUAAAAUGAUUUUUGCCUAAAUAAAAAAGAGCAUUGCAAAUG